AUGUACAUGAAUUUAUAUAGCCCUUGUAUUUAUUUGCCUCAAAGAACAUCCAAAUACAAGGCUUGUGAUGUUGCAUUUGAGCUUCAAGGAAAUCCAGAGUCUCCUGUAGCAUUUAUGUAUUUUCUUGAUUCUGGAGGAGGUUCUUAUCCAGAAGUAAUUUCAAGUGCUCAAGUAGAGUGGCUCAAAGGCAUAUCUGAAGAAAUUAAUCCCGAUUAUAGGGUUCCCGAAAUUUUCUUUUGGCACAUACCUAGUAAGGCGUAUCAGAAGGCCGCCCCUUGGUUGUUUUUUGUUCCUCUGCCUUGUGUGGGCUCAAUAAACAAGGAAUGGGUAUGUACUCAAGAAUCUGAGGAGGGAAUCAUGAAGAUUUUGAAAGAUCGGCCUUCAGUCCAGGCUGUAUUUGUAGGGCAUGACCAUGGCAAUGAUUGGUGUUGCCCUUACAAGAAACUGUGGCUGUGCUAUGCUAGACACACCGGUUAUGGUGGCUAUGGGAAUUGGGCUAGAGGAGCUAGAAUUUUGGAGGUUGUUGAUCGGCCUUUCACCCUCAAGUCAUGGAUAGGGAUGGAAAACGGCAUUGAACAUAGUCAUAUUCUCUUGAGCUCUCAUGCUGCUUAUCCAGCCCCCAUUUUCCUUUUGUUAGUUCUGAUUUUGGUUCUUUUCUUCGGAAUCAAAUCCUUUUACCCUGCUGAUCUUAUUUCAAAAGCCAAAACCUUCAUAUCACCAAUCGCAUAACCUAAACCUGAAUCAUUAUGCUGCAAGAGGGUGCAUAUCCAUUCAUUUCCCAUGCAGCGUUCAAUAUUUCAAUCACAGAUUCACUGGACUUCUGUAGAUUAUGACGACUUUGUUUCAUAUGGUUUGGUCCUCUGCAAUUUUUAUUACACUAUGAACUCAUACUAUAUAGCCAUUUUCUGGGGGAACACUUGUGAUCCUGACAUCCUGUGCAGUUGUAAAUAGUAUUGUAAUUAUCAAAUUUGAAUUAUUGUAUGCAUCUGUUUACAUAAUUUUUAGUAUGAGUACAUGUUUGUUGUGCAAUAAGAGUUGAGACACAACACACAGCACAACCUGUGUUUUAAGAGAUUGAUUCCUUGGAAGGAGGGGGGGGGGGGAGGUUUUUCGUGAGCAAUCAAUAUAAAAAAAAUAAUAAAAAUAA